UUCCGUUCGUGCAAAAAAAUAACAAGACAACUUUUCUUGGCAAGAUGUGGUUCGAAAUCCUACCUGGCGCCGCUAUUAUCACCGUGCUCCUGUCCGUGCCCAUAUACGCCAUGUACGGCGUGCAGAAGCUGACGCUGGGCAAUGCCUUCCGUCGCAACAUGGACGAGCGUUUCAGCCGUGUGAUGUACCAACGCGACUUCCGACUGACCGAUAAUCCAUACUUGAUGAAUGGCCUCGAUGCCAUACCAGACGAGAAGAAGGAAUAAGUUGAUCUAAGUGAAAUUUCUUUAAAACUUAAGUGCAAAAGUGAAUAAACGUAAAGUGCGGAAGUGAAAGAUUGGUCGUUGUAGA